AUGCACUAUAUCAAUCUAAUAUCAUUCAAGGUAUUGAUUGUUCUAUCGAUUUUAUUUAUAAAUCAAGUGGGCGCUUAUGUUCAUCCAAUUACAAUCCAUGGUCAUUUCUUUGUUGACAGUGUUACCAAAGAGCCAUUUUACAUUAAAGGUAUAGACUAUCAACCCGGUGGGUCUUCGGCAGUUUCCAAUCACAAAGAUCCAUUAUCCGAUCCAGAGAUAUGUGCCAGAGAUAUCAUUUUAUUUCAAGAAUUAGGAAUCAAUACUAUUAGAAUUUACUCCGUCAACGCCGAUCUCGACCAUAACGUUUGCAUGACAAUGUUAGCAACCGCUGGAAUUUAUUUGGUCCUCGAUGUCAAUUCACCCUUGCCUAACCAUCAUCUUAACCGAUACGAGCCAUGGACAACUUACAAUCUAUUCUAUUUGGAGAACGUAUUUAAAAUAGUUGAACAAUUUUCAUAUUACAAUAACACCCUAGGUUUCAUUGCUGGAAAUGAAGUAGUGAGUGAUCCCACGUCGGCCAGUGUCGCUCCACCAUACAUCAAAGGCAUGAUCAGAGAUAUCAAGACGUACAUUGAGUAUAAUCUGCCCCGAACGAUACCGGUGGGUUAUUCUGCAGCCGAUGAUUUGAAUUAUAGGAUGUCCUUGGCAUCUUAUUUGGAAUGUGCUGAUGAGAACCCGGCUGAAUCAGUGGAUUUCUAUGGUGUCAACUCAUAUCAAUGGUGUGGAGAACAAACAUUUUAUAGUAGUGGGUACAAUAUUCUUGUUAAUGAUUAUCAUGGAUUUACAAGACCGGUUUUCUUUAGUGAAUAUGGAUGUAAUGAAGUACUUCCACGAAACUUUGAUGAAGUUCAAGUGUUAUACACUAAUGACAUGAUUGAUGUGUUUAGUGGAGGGCUAGUGUACGAGUUCACCCAAGAACCAAACAAUUACGGAUUAGUAGAAGUUCAACCUAAUGGAGAUAUUAAACUAUUAAGAGAUUUCAUGCAAUUGAAGAAACAAUUUGAUUCUAUUCCUGAAUUAGACUAUGCAUUUGUGGCCAACUCCAUGAGAACCAAUGCUCGUGAAAUUCAUUCAAAGUUGAAGCAGUACAAAUCAGCUAUACCUAAAUGCGGAGAGUCUUAUCCAAAUAUAGGCAUAUCAAUCGGUAUCCCUGUUUCCAUUGCUGAAAACUUGAUCGAGACUGGAGUCAAGGUUAAACCAGGGCAUUAUGUCCAUUUAGAGCCCCAUCAAUUGACGACAAAGUACAAUAUAUUCCAAGCUAAUGGUGAGAAAUAUCCCACCUAUCUUUCCAUUGAUAUUUUGGUUAAUGUCACCCAGGAUGAACCUGAGCUGAGUGUUACUCCUCCAAGCGUUGUCCCCCAUGUUAAAAAUCCACAUAGUCCACCACCAGAAACUACGGAAAUUGAAGAAGAGUUUCCUAAUGAAGAAGAAGAUGUUGCAGAAAGCGACCCUGACAAUACUACUACUAAACUGUUUAGAGGCAUGUUUCAACGCGUUGCCACCUCUUUCAAGAAACUUUAUUCCAGCUUAUUCAAUUAAUCUCUAUGUAUCUAUAUAUUAUAUUUUGAACUUGAAUAAAGUAGUUUAUUUCGAUAAUUAAAUAUUUUCAACGAGUUGUCACUGUUUAACUCUAGUGGUUUUAAAAAUACUUUCCAUUCACCUGGUGUUAGCGAAUCAAUGUUUUUGUCCGAUUGUUGUUCCGUGAAGCCACACUUUAUACAAGUUUUCACCAUACUGGGAGUUUUUCUCAACACAAUCACUAAUCGAUUUAUCUGCGAGACAUAUUUCAUAAACGUUUCGAAGUUGUUGGUUGGUGGUUCUACCCAAGAAUCUGAAUCUUCGUGAACUACAUCGUGGAUGAAAUAAUCGAAUAAUCCAAAAUUAGUUAAUGUUAACGUGGUUAAUUUGCCAUAUCCUGAACAAAGCAAGUUAAAGAAUGGAUUAAACCUGGUGAAAUUAAAUUCGGUAUUCCCUGAUGGUGUGUUGGUAUAAAACAUACUUGAAGAAGUGUCCAUUAUCAAAUGAUUCAAACUUGUAUUGUUCAAUCUGACCAAAUCAAUCAAGGACAAUCCAUUAUCGUGCAUAAUACUCUUCAAUUCGAGUGUGGUCACAUUAUUGAAUAUUGAAUUUGGUUGAGGUUUGCGAGAUUUCUUGAAAGAAUUAGUGUAUAUGCAUGACUCAAUGAUAAGUUUUUGAAUUUGCACACCAUCAAUGUUGAUUGGUUUCAUAUCGUCGAUGAUAAAGUUCACCAAGUGUAACUCCUUAAUCACAUCAAAAUACUCACAUACUAAGGAUAAAUGACCUUGCUUGAAAGGAAUAGACCAACCCGACUGUGUACGAAGAACAAACUUCUCCAAACAUCUUUUAGCUCGAGGAAUUGUUUUCUUCUUAGAUAAUAGUCUCAAACCACCUAUGGAACUUGUUGAUGAUGCUGGCUGCUCCAUAGGGAAUGUGAACUCCGGAGCUACUUCACUCAACACCAAACAUUUCAAUCCGAAUGCUUCUCCUAGCAAUGAUUUAAUCGAUGCUAUGAAAUCAGUAUAGUUCAACUGGUCCGCCGAUCGAUUCUCGCUCUCGAUAUGAUAUGCGCCCGCAAUCCGAGACUUAUACUUGGACGAAUCCCGAACUUGAGGAUUCACCAAUUCAACUUUCUGUAAGUAGUUGAUGUUGGAACUGGGUUCAUGCAAUAAAUGUCUCACUGAGAAUUUGUAAAAUGUAGAUGGUUUCUUGAAUGUAACGGAUGAAUAAAGGAAGUUUUUGUUUAUGAUUACAUGGAACUUCUUACAUAUUAGUGAUAGAAUAAUUAGUGUUUUGGUAUCUUUGUCGAAUUCUUUAAAUAUUUGUAGGAGGAUUUCUAUUGGUAGUGAACACAAGUGUAGUAGUGGAUAUUGUGUAUUUUGCUUUUUGAAGGUGAAUAGCCUUCGUCUUCCUAUGAGCUGGUACUUCUUCAUGCUUCUAUAGUGUAUUAAUGUCUAUAUUGUGCCUGUUGGUGAACCAAAAGUGACUGUUGUAAUGUGUUGCAAAGUGGUAGUCAGGUGCUGUUUCGGUUAGUUUGAAUGCAAAAUGUUGAGCUUGGGAGAAAUGGUUCAAAAAAGACUAUGUUGGUGUAUGUGUUGAUAAUCUUAUGAAAUAAAGUCUAGUGGAUUGUGUGCUGUUCUCUUUUGUGUAGGUUACAUAUAAUGUGGUAAAUGAUGU